AUGUGGAAGCUAGCGAAUCUAAGCCCAUUACCUAAGGAAUCUCCGUUAACCGAAUGCGAUCAAUUGAGACCAAUAUCGUUGACUAAUGUUAUUAUGCGACUCUUCGAAAGGAUCAUAUUUCAAGAAGAGAUUCGUCAUCUCUCAAAAUUGAUUAUCGAUAAGAACCAGUACGCUUAUAGGAAAAACUCGAACACUACUGCAGCUCUGAUAAAGUGCCAGCAUCAUUGGCUAAAAUGGUUAGACGAUAAGGCUAACUUCAUUCGGGUAAUAUCCUUCGAUUUCAGUAAAGCGUUUGAUAGCGUCCCCCACGAUAUUUUAACACAGAAAUUGAAAUCAACAAAUCUUAAUCCUUAUAUUAUCAAUUGGCUCAUUAAUUUUAUAUCGUGUAGGAAACAGAGAGUUACUGUAGAUGGAACUGUUACCAAUUUUGUUAAUAUCAAUAGAGGAGUACCUCAAG